UUGAAGUAGGCGGUGCUAUUGAGGGUUCCCAUCAUCAUCAUCCAUUAUCACCAUUACCCUACCUCUCUUUCCUCCCCUAAAACCUCCCACAACCCAGUGUUGUUUCUUGGUGAAUUUUUCUUCCAAAUUCAAUCAUUUCAAACACCCACUUCAUCUUCAACCUCACUCUGACUCUGCGUUUAACGGCAACAUGGGUCUUUCACCGUAUCCGAGCCCAUCGGACGCUGGGGUCCUGUGCGUGAUUUUGGUGAACACGGCGAUGUCGAUAUCGAUCAUGAAGGAAAUCGUGCGUUCGAUCCUUCAUGUCAUCGGCAUCCAUGUUGCGUCUUGGGAAGAUUACACGAGAACGGAAUCGGUCGAAUGUAGAGGAACCCCAUCGGAAACUUACAUGGAGGAAUUCAGAAGUCGAACCCCGUCGGUCCUUUACGACUCGUUGUGCCGCCGAACCAAACAAGAAUGUUCGGUUUGUUUGGUCGAGUUUAAACCGGACUCCGAGAUCAAUCGGCUUUGUUGUGGCCACGUUUUCCACAAAUCGUGUCUCGAGAAAUGGUUAAAGUACUGGAACGUUACGUGCCCGCUUUGCAGAAACCAUAUGAUGAUGCCGAAAGAAGCCGAAGAAAACAGCUGCCCGAUGUGAGGGUUUUUUGUUCCGCGGUUUAUAGCGUCGGGCGGGUGUGUCCGGGAUCUAAACUCUCGAGUUCUCGGAUGUUUUUAUUAACGCCCGACCAACGCGAUAAACCGUUGGUGUCGAUGACUUCGUAUUUACUCGCUUUGUACAUAUUAAGUGUAAGGUUUCCGGUGUUGUAUGCCACCUGAGAAACUGUUAGUUUUUUUUUUGUUCUCAGUUUUGGUUAUGGCCAGGGUUGGAUUGUGGAAAAGAGGUCAUCUUUCUUGGUGUAUUUGUGGUUUAAUCUCUGCUAAAAUUGGAUGGUCUUUUGACACU